GGUGGCCUCUCAGCUGGCAGCCUUGCACCUGAUGUCCAUCUGGAGCUGCUCUUGCUCUCAGUCCUUUCUCAGUAGCUCUUAUGCAAAAUUCAAGUCCUUGGAAUGAGCAAUAACUCUUGCACUUGUCUGAAAAUCAAGUGGGAUUAUAAUCUUUUAACAAACCUGAAUGAUCAGGUUUGCUGGCCUUACUCCGACCCCAGGCUGAUGUGUUAUCAGAGUCCUACGUUGCUAUGCACAGAGAAAAAAACAUCGCUAGAGACUUCUGCGACAACUUCUGCUGUCGCCAUCUGGGGCCCCACUCACUCAUCUCUGACUCUCAACAGCAGCAGAGCAGGAGCAGCAAACAUGCUGCUGCUGGCAGCUCUGCUGGUCGCAACUGAGUGGUCUUAUGGAUUUGAGUGGGGAAUUCCCAUACAGAGCCCUAUAUCCAUCACCAAGUCACAAGGAAGUAUGCGUCUGCAAUGUCAUUUUAGAGACUUCCUAGAAAAUUUUCAUAACACUGUCAUACACUGGUAUCAACUGAAAGAGAAUAAUCCUCCAAAGAGGCUACUCUUCUUUGCAGGAGGGAAAACUACAGUGGAAAGUGGCUUUGCAGGGAAUAAGUACAUGGUAGAUAAUGUUUCUAGUCGGAAUCUGUCCAUUCUGACAAUAAACGAUGUAAGCCCGGAUGAUGCUGCUACAUACUACUGUGCCUACUGGGACCCGCACCAUGAGAGAUUCUCAGAGACCUUCGGCACAGGAACUAAGCUGAUUGUCUCCGACAAAGUGAAUUCACCACCAGAGAACUUUGAAAUCCUGCAGGAGGAACACGAGAGACAAGUGGUGUAUGUUUGUCUUAUUGAGAAAUUCUACCCAGAAGUUAUUCGGGUGAAAUGGACCGAUGAAGCAAAUAAGGAGGUAACACAGAACGUAGUAAAAGGAGAUGUCUGGAAGUCUCCAGAUGAGGAUAAGUACUCAGUCAGCUCCUGGUUAUCCGUGUCACUGGAGAGCAAAAACAAGAAAUAUUUUUGCAAUUACGAGCAUGAAAGUGGAGAGCAUUCACUGCCCACACAAGCUUUUUCAGAGAGCUCUCCUUGGGAGCAGGAGGACUGUGGCACUCUAUCUGGAAACAGCACAGUUUUUAACAGAGAUCACUUGACGCACAAGGCAGCGCAGUUGGUGUACGUUGUUUUGCUUCUGAAAAGCUCCAUGUACUAUGUCAUCGUACUCUUCUUCUUCUUCACGUACAGAACAAAGAGUGCAGCUAAGCCCUCGGGAAAGAAAACAUAAAUACUGGCUUUGGAAAGGUCUAUAAGGUUGUCUUCAAUUUGCUAUGCUGUAUAAUUAUCUACAUAGGCUCUACUGCUCUGUGCGCUAGAUAUAAUCAAAAACAAAUACCAAGAGAGAAGGCAAAUAGGGUCUGCUGUGCUUUACUGAUGGUGUUUCCCUAAUCUUUUCUGAGUACUGAACUGAGGUGGAGGUGAGCAAAUGAAGUAAGUUUACAUAGCCUGGGUUUUAGUAGGAACUCUGUAAUGCAAGGUGAGGAACCUCCUCCUGCUUAAAGUACUUUUGCAUGCAUAAGCAGAGGUGUAAUGGAGCUUUCAAAAUAUAAAAGAUCAGUGCAUUUUAUCAUUGCAUUUUAGGAUUAAUUAGGAGCAUUCCAACUAGACAUGAUGUUUAAAAUAAAAGAUAUUACUUUGUAGCAAGUUAGAUGAACAUAAAAGCAAUUCUAACCUUGUUUGGAGAAAUUGUUUCAAAUUCAUCAAAACCUUAAAUCUGGUGCUUCAAUAGAGAAAGCGUUCUCACAGUACAGGAAAUAUUCUCAGAUGUUGUACUUUGAACUCUUCAUCUCCAGAUUCUGCAGAUUUGGGGCUAAGUACCACAGCCUUGGAGAUGAAUGUCUGCACCAAAUCUGUAAUGAUGUAGAGCAAUAAAAGCUUUCCUUGAGAUGCA